GGAAUAACUCGGACAGAACUCUGGCCCGGAUUUCUGAACGAUGUCUGAAUGCUUCCAAAAAAGACCAAACUAAGUUCUCGAAAAAUGGCAUCAGAGGUGGAACUUGAUUCACUUGUAUCUUCAUCUACAUGGCUCCAAUCCCAUGGCCUCAGGAAAAAGAAAUUAACUCUACAGAAGAUAUUGGCACAGCUUGGGUUUCAGCACAAAGAAGAGUAUGUGAACAAACUAGGACGACCAGUAUCAUCACGGUAUGCUGAAGGUCUCUUUCACCAAUAUCACAGUGAUGGUAAAAUAUACAAUUUGACAGCCAAGAGAGAACAUGUCCUACAGAAGAUUGAGUCUAUUACAGAAGCUAUAGAAAUGUAUAAACAAAGGCUGUUCUGGCUUGCGAGCGGAAGCCGUGCAAUAUUCGGUGUAAUUCAGGAACAGACAAUGAUUUUUAUUCUGGGAAUGCACUCUGUUUCUAAAGAGCAAUACGACUUGUGCCGCAAUGAUUUCUGCCUUGUUCUCCAGGAGCAAGUGAGACAUGUAAAAAGAUUGAAUCUGAUUUGGGUUUCAAAGAUACCAUUGAAGUGGCACCAGAAAACUGUUCUUGCCACACAGAAGUCAAUUGAGGAAGCCGUGGAAUGGGUUUUGAACCUACCAUACCCUCCAGAAGAGAAUGUAGAUUGUACCACAAAAGCUUUCUCAAAAGCAAUGAAUGAGCAGGUUGAGUCCAUUUACCUCUUUUCUGUGGGUGAUAUUCCUGAUGGCAAGAGGUUGCUAUUGUCACAAAGGAUUUCAAAAUGCCCUUGCCCAAUCCAUGUUGUGUCCUAUAAUCCUCAGAAAUCAGAAACUAUUGAAUUUUGGAAGAAGUUAAGCCAUCAAUCCCUUGGCAGAUUUCAUGUAUAUUCAGAACAAAACAAGAAUAAUGUCACAAGUUCAACACAAGGUGAAGAACACUCAGAUAUAUCAAAACCGAUAGAAGGAGAAAGUCUUCCAGAACUUGACCUGAGAGAAGACGAGCUGUUGAUCUCAAAUGAACUGAUUGAAGCCCAAAAUGUUCUGGAAAAAUUACAAGACGUUCUAAAAACAUGUUAUGCCUCUGAAGAUGAAAACAAGAACCAGUCCAUACCAGAACCAAGCCCUGAAGAUUGUGUUAGCUCCAAAGUAUGGCUACAGAAGUAUGGUUUAAAGGCACAGAAAUUGCAGUUUUAUGAUGCCCUAGCAGACUGCGCUUUCCGCCAUAGUGAUGGUGUGGUGGAUAUAAAAAUUAAGCCAGAAGAUGAGUCUAUACAGACAGAUGCUGAAAAUAAAAUAAAACGGAUCAAUGCCAAAUACUGUGAUCGGUUUGUACAUGCUCUCUGGAAAGAUGGCUCGGUGGUGCACCUAUUUGUCAGUAAAGAGAAAUGUAGGUGGUGUGAAGAGAAAAUGAGAAGUGCCAUUGAACUAAUGGAAAAAAGAGUGAAUUGGCUUCGGAAUGGCAGCAGAGAACUUUUUGGAUCUAUUCUUGAAGAUCAAAUUUAUAUUCUCAUCGACACAUCGCACUCCAUGAAAGAUAAGCUGUACUUGGUGAAGGAAAAGUUAUUUCAGCUUAUGCAGGAGCAGCUCAGGCACAAACGGAUGUUCAAUUUCGUAAAGUUUGAUUCUAAAGUUGAAGCCUGGAAAUCAAAAUUAGCAGAUGUUAAUGAAAACAGUUUGAAUGAGGCCUGGUUUUGGGUUAACGAAUUGCAGGUUGGAGGCUCAACAAACACCAUGGAAGCUCUUCAGGUUGCCAUUGCUGACAAUAACACUCAAGCAGUGUACCUCCUUACUGAUGGACGGCCUGACCAGCCCACACAUACUAUUCUUGAUCAGGUGAAUUGCCAGAAGCAAGUUCCGGUACACACAAUUUCUUUCAACUGUGAUGAUACAGAGGCAAACAGCUUCUUGCAUCAGCUUUCCAGUGAGACGGGUGGGCGUUUCCACUGCUAUAAUAGUUAUCAGAAGGACCCUGAGGCUCCACAACCUUUUGUGAGUGAUGACAUCAAGUUAAUUUUGAGUGAGAUAGACACUGGAAAAGCAGAUUUGGAAAAAAUACAGAAAGUUCACACUGAAUGUUUGAUGUUAGACUGGUACCAUAAUGGAGAAAAAGAUCAUUCACAUGUGCCAUAUAAACUCCAUUACAACAGAACCCAGGAAAAAUCGCAUUUAACAGCCUCACCACUGCCACACACCCAUAACCUCCUUCCACCAAGGCUGCUCCAGAGGAAAAAAGCCCACCACGCAGCACAAACAAAAUCCAGUGUGCUGAGAGCACUGAGCCAUGGUGUGAAAUUUGGUGAAAGUUUAAUGAAAGAAGACAUGCCUCUAGAAACAAAGGACCUUUUUCUUAACAAUGAUAAGAAAGCCACUGCAGUCCUUAGAGAAUUUACGAUGAUAGAUGAUGUCACAGAAAAAAAGAAAGUCAAGCGAUUACCUAAAGAUGACCUAGAUAUUUCUUCUGCACGCUGGCUGAAGAAGCAUGGUUUGGUUGCAAGGAAGCUCACCAUAAUGGAUGUUUUGGGUCCAACAACUGUACCACAUACUGCUAAAUAUGUACCAAUUCUUGACAAGCAUGUUCUUUCUAAAGUGUUUGAUGAGACUUUACCUUUGGCUCAUGUAAGUGGCAGCAAGAAGCUCAUUACAUUAAUUAAUCCCCAAGCUGUGAAUCUCAAUCAAUAUAAGCAGAAGCUUGCCAGGGCAAUUGAGUAUUAUGAGAGACGCUUAAAUUUAGUUAUCUGGAGAGCUCUAUCACAGGAGGAAAGAGACAAAUUUGAGAGAGACACUCCAGUUCCAUACUUGGAAAACAAAGAAGCUUUGUUACAAGCCCUAGAUCGGCUCGGCUGGCCCAUUCCGGUUGACAAUGUGAUGUUACUGGAAGAAGAAAUUGAAGCUGGGAAACAAUACCUACAACAGGCGUCAGAGCUGCAGGAUAGUAGCAAAAAUAAUUCAGUGAUGGCUAAUCUGGAGAAACAGAACAAUAAAGAAGAGACCAAGAAUGAAAAUAUAAAAAUGCAACAGAGAAAAAAAGCUAUAGACCCACUAAAACACCAAAAGGUCAUUGCAAGAUCAGAUGUUGAUGGCUUUUACUAUCAAGGUACUGUUAUAAAGACCAUCCACUCAAAGCAUGCCGAGGUAGAUUUCUGCCAAGGGGAAAAUCAGAUUAUUCCCAUUAAAUUUAUAAUACCAACUGGAGGAUCUGUGCCCUGCCCGCCUCUAAAGGUUGGAGAUUGUGUCCUUUCAAAAACAAGGGCAGGAAGUGGUUGCUAUGUACCUGCUGUCGUCAUAGCAACACCAAGGACUGAAGCAGCAGAUAAAUUGUACUCUGUUCUGAAAUACAACAAUAGAAAAGAGCAGUGUUUAAGGAGUGAACUCAUUAAAAUUAGUCCAUCACAAUUUGCCUUUUCUUGUCGCUAUAUUAAAAGUGCUCAGAUGGUCGAUUAUACUAUAUCGAAUGUAGAGAUAGUUCAACCACUCAAAAAAUCCAAAUCUACGGAGGAAAAAAGAUAUAAGAGAACAAAGAACGAAAAACGACAUAGCACAUCUGAAGAUGAAGAGGAGUUAAUUGUGGCUAAACCUGAUGAAGAUCUUUCCCUUCAUACUAGCAGGGAGAAAGAACCAAAACAUGCAGACAAUGCCAUUGAAGAGAAGUUGGUGGAUUUGGCAAGGCAGAUUGCACAGUACCAAGAGGAACAAAAAGAACAGCAAUUGACCAUUCAACAGUACAUGAAGGAACUAGAACUGUUAAAGUCUCAUCAAGAUAAAUAUUCAUCAGAAGAGACACAAAAAAACCUUGCAAAGCAACAAAUUGAUCUCCUUGAGCAACUUGAAAAGAUGACACCUAUUAGCACUGUUCGCCAUAAGGACGACCACAAUAAAGAUCAAAGUCAUGUUGACCAAUUAAAAGCAGAAAAAAAAUAUGAUUACCCACUUGUUCCUAGACAGAAGGUGUUGGCUCUCUGUUCUUACAAUGGAUGGUAUGAAGAAGGAUGCAUUAUCCAUGACUGUGGGGAUUUUAGUUACUUUGUUCAGAAGUCCUAUGGAGAGAUCUCAAGGAUUUGGAGAGAGGAUAUAUACAGUGAUACUGAUGACUACAAGAAGGACAUACAGGAGCUGGAUCCAGUGAUUGCACCCCAUCCACUGCUUGAUGGUUGUUAUUGUCCAGGUGUUGUGCUGAAAGUUAUGCCGGAUUUGAAACUGUUGAUUCAAUAUUAUGAUAACACUGAAAAUCUGGUCCCAAGAGAGCAUGUUUACUCAACCAGCCAAGAAAGAUUUGAGCAAGAAACUGCUAAUAUCUUAGAGUGUGAAAAGAGAUGGGUUGGACAGGCGGUCAUUGCUAGGAAUGAUGACACUGGAACAUUCCAUCUAGCUGAAGUGCAGAGCUGUGUUAAUAAUGGCAAACAGUAUGUGAUAUGUUGGACGGAUGGCAGAACAGUGAUACAAGAUAUUAAGUGGAUCUUUGGAAAAUUCAGCCGACCACAUAUUCUUAAAGUUAGGGAUUAUGUCCUGACAUUAGCCUCUCCAUCUUCACUGACAUUUCUACCUGGUGUCAUUACUACAGUCAAUGGAACAAAACUACAUAUUGAGUUUUGCAAUGAAACAAGUUGUCACAGCAUGGAGUCCCAUCACUGCUUUGGCCUGUCUGAGAGCAAGUAUAACGAUGCAGUGCAGUUUUACAAACAGCGCAACCAAGGAAGAAAUACAGAUGGGGAUGAAAUAGUAUGUGAGAAAGAAGAUUCACAGUCAGACAUCUCAUCUGUUUCAAUCACAUCAGUUGAUUCAGAACCAGAGAGUCAAAUUGAUAAAUAAAGCUGCAUUCAACGUAAACACUGCAACAAAAACACUGUGGUCAUAGCACAAGUAAUGCAUUGUCAAUAACUGUUAUUAAAUGUCUGAAUAAAUAUGACCUUUUUUGCAAACAGAAACUGUGCAAGCUCUAGCUAUUCCCAAACCAAUGAAAGCAUUUACUUUGUAAAUGUUAACCAUCUUACAUUUAAAUAAUUUAUUUAUAAUUGUAUUUUAAAAGUUGGCAUUUACAGUUUAAUUUCCCAGUUUCUGCUGUCAUAUCCCAUUUUGCUCUAGGGGAAGCUGCUGGGCACAUUGCCUAGUGAUAUAAAUAUUUGUGCACCUCUUUUCGUCCAUUUGAAACUCAGGGUCUAAAACAAGCAGUAGUAUCCAAUCAGCCAAAAUGAUGGGGUACAAUGGGCUCUACUUUAUUUUUAAUUUCACAAUGAACUGCUUUAAUGCCUUGUUAUUCCCCACCUAUGCUAUUU